GAAAAAAUCACAGAAAAUACUUUGCGAAUCGGAUAAAAUUUCUUGCAACAAGUGGGAUUAAUUAAUUUCAUAAAAAUCCACAAAAAUGUUAAGAACUGCCACAAAAUUGUUCAAAAAUGUCAGCAUUAAGACCAUCAGCGUUCGUUCUAUGACACAUUAUCCGAUUGACGAUGCAUUUUUCGGGUUAACGGAAGAUCAAAGCGCUCUACGUCAAACAGUCUUCAAUUUCGCACAGAAAGAACUUGCUCCAUUUGCUCAGGAAAUUGACAAAAACAAUGAAUUUAAAGAUUUGAGAAAUUUUUGGAAGAAACUCGGUGAUAUGGGAUUUUUGGGGAUCACAGCUAAGCCUGAAUAUGGAGGAACUGGUGGAACAUAUCUCGAUCACUGCAUCAUCAACGAAGAAAUUUCAAGAGCAUCUGGUUCCAUUUCAUUGUCAUACGGUGCACAUUCAAACUUGUGUGUCAAUCAAAUCAGCAGAAAUGGAAAUGAGGAACAGAAGCUUAAAUACUUGCCAAAAUUAUGCUCAGGUGAACAUAUUGGUGCUUUGGCUAUGUCAGAAGCUGGAAGUGGCUCAGAUGUUGUUUCAAUGAAAUUAAAGGCUGAAAAGGAUGGCAAUCAUUAUAUCCUAAAUGGAAGCAAGUUUUGGAUCACAAAUGGACCAGAUGCUGAUGUUAUUGUCGUCUAUGCCAAAACAAACACAAAAGUAUCACCACAACAUGGAAUUACUGCAUUUAUUGUUGAAAGAGGAUUUGAAGGAUUCAGCACUGGACCAAAAUUAGACAAGCUCGGUAUUCGUGGCUCAAGUACCGGUGAAUUAAUCUUCCAAGACUGCAAAGUUCCAGUUGAGAAUAUUUUGGGACAAACAGAAAAGGGAGUUUAUGUCUUAAUGAGUGGCUUAGAUUAUGAAAGAAUGGUCUUGACAGCUGGUCCUGUUGGAUUAAUGCAAGCAGCAUGUGAUGUUGCCUUCGACUAUGCUCAUCAAAGAAAGCAAUUUGGCACUAGAAUUGGAGAGUUUCAAUUGAUUCAAGGAAAACUGGCUGAUAUGUACACGACCUUGAAUGCAUGCAGAAGCUACUUAUAUAAUGUCGCUAGAGCAUGUGAUCAAGGCAGAGCUAAUGCUAAAGACUGUGCUGGUGUCAUUUUAUAUUGUGCUGAAAAAGCAACUCAAGUCAGUCUUGAUGCUAUUCAAAUUUUGGGUGGCAAUGGAUAUAUCAAUGACUUCCCAACUGGGAGAUUCUUAAGAGAUGCUAAACUUUAUGAAAUUGGUGCUGGAACAAGCGAAAUUCGUCGAAUGCUCAUUGGUCGUGCAUUAAACAAGGAAUAUAAGUAAAUCUUUUGGAUAUACUUUCCAUAGGUGCCUUUAUUGUCUUUCGAAUCGAUUUUAUCUUAUUGUACAAAAAAAAGUUAUGAAAACGAUGCAUUUAUUAAAGUUGUUGACUUAAUCAUUUUAUCAGGA